AGUUUUCGAAUAAUAUAAUAACUCACUCUCGCUCUCUCUUUCAACCUUCAAGUCGCUGCAGUACAUGUUAAUUCCAUUCUCUCUCAAUCUUGGGGACGCUUUUUGCGGUAUAAUUUUCCUUUGGAAGCAACAUUUCGGUUCUAGAUAUUACUUGAUCUAAACUCCGUUAACAUGACAACUCCACAAAUCGCGAUUCUUGGCGCCGGAAUUUUCGUUAAAACGCAGUACAUUCCGCGGCUUUCCGAGAUCUCUGACAUCGUUUCCGUCAAAUUCAUUUGGAGCCGCACCGAGGAAUCAGCGAGCAACGCGGUUGAGAUUGCGCGUAAACAUUUUCGUGGUGUGGAGGCUGUUUGGGGAGAUCAAGGACUUGAUCGGAUUAUUAAUGAUGAUUCGAUUCUUGGCGUUGCGGUGGUUCUUGCUGGACAAUUUCAGGUUGAUAUGUCACUGAAGCUUCUGAAGGCAGGGAAGCAUGUCCUCCAAGAGAAACCAGCAGCAGCUGGUAUAAGGGAGAUAGACAAGGCAUUGUCAGGAUACAACUCUAUUCUUGCCAAUGUUCCUGGUCAACCAAUUUGGGCUGUGGCAGAAAAUUAUCGAUUUGAACCUGCCUUUGUCAAGGCCAAGAAACUAAUGGCGGAGAUUGGGGAUAUGAUGAGCGUCCAAGUUAUUGUUGAAGGAUCAAUGAACAGUUCUAAUCCUUACUUCUCAAGCUCUUGGAGGCGAAAUUUUACUGGAGGCUUCAUUUUGGAUAUGGGGGUUCAUUUCAUUGCAGGAUUGAGGAUGCUCAUUGGAUGUGAAGUUGUCUCUGUAUCAGCUACGACCUCUCAUGUGGACAAAACAUUACCUCCCCCAGAUAACAUAUCAUCCAACUUUCAACUGGAGAAUGGAUGCUCUGGAGUUUUUGUGAUGGUUGUUUCCAGUAGAUCUCCAAAGAUAUUCUGGCGAGUUGUUGGCUUGAAAGGAACAAUACAACUGGAGCGUGGAAACCAAAAUGGACAGCAUGGUUACACGGUUUUAUAUUAUACUGCUGAUGGGCAGUGCCAAAGUUUCUUCUACCCAUUUAGUGGAGUGACUGAUGAACUUAAAACUUUCAUACAUGACAUUCAGGAGGCUAAGGGAAAUGGGCAUGAAGUAGAGCCCCGCUUGUCAUAUAUUGAAGGUGCCAGAGAUGUUGCUAUUCUGGAGGCAAUGAUGGAAUCAGGAUCCAAAAAUGGAGCCCUGGUUCACAUUAAAAAAUUGUAGGUCGACGAUCACAUCCUCCGCCUUGGGCAACAUGAUUCUUGUGCUCUCUUUGUUUUUGGUCCAAUAUUCUCAGUUCAUUCUUCAAAAUAUGAUAGAGGUUAAAUACUGCAAACUGGAAGGCGAGAUACGGCUCCUCUGUAGUGAUUAAAUUUCUGAGUGGUUGGCUUGAAUUUGUUAGUUAGAGAGGAAGAGGGAAAUAAAAAUGAUAAUAAUUCUUUGUUGUAGCAUGUGUGGGGGUGGGGCAAGAAGCAAUACAAUGCCCUUAGUAAAUUCUUGUUUUAUCAGUGUAUUGUUUGUGUUUACUGUAUUUUAUCGUUUUAAAGGCGACUGAUUGUGUUUUUUAA